GGCUGCCACUCCCUGCCCUGCAAUGUCUCGCCCGAAGCCUGCGUCCGGCGGCCUCGCUGCCCCCGGCCCAGCCCCUGCAGGGCAAGCAGUUUUGAGCAGAUUUUUCCAGUCUACGGGAAGCCUGAAAUCCACUUCCUCCCCUACGGGUGCAGCCGACAAGGCGGACUCUGACGCCGCAGCGCCCCCAGCGUCCACUUUCCCGCCCCAGUUGCUGCCGCACGUGGUGGGUUGUGUCCAGGCUGCAGAAAUUGACAGAAGUAAAAAGAGACCACUGGAAAAUGAUGGGCCUGUUAAAAAGAAAGCAAAGAAAGUCCAAGUAAAGGAAGGAGGAAGUGAUUUGGUAAUGUCUGGCAAACCUGAGCCAAGGAAAUGUCUGAGAACCAGGAGUGUUUUAAAGUCUCUGGAAAAAUUGAAAGAAUUCUGCUGCGAUUCUGCCCUUCCUCAAAAUAGAGUCCAGGCAGAACCUCUUCAGGAGAGAUUUGCAGUUCUGCCAAAAUGUACUGAUUUUGAUGAUAUCACUCAUCUACGUGCAAAGAAUGCAGUUUCUUCUGAAGAUUCCAAGUUUCAAAUUAAUCAAAAGGAUAAGACACUUUCUGAUGUCAGUCAAUUUGGAUCAUCACGUAGCAGUCAUGAAAAUUUACAGAAAACUUCUGAUUCUAAACCGUCUAACAAGCGGUCCAAAAGCAUCUAUACACCAUUAGAAUUACAAUACAUAGAAAUGAAGCAGCAGCAUAAAGAUGCAAUUUUGUGUGUGGAAUGUGGAUAUAAAUAUAGAUUCUUUGGGGAAGAUGCAGAGAUUGCAGCCCGGGAGCUCAAUAUUUAUUGCCAUUUAGACCACAACUUCAUGACAGCAAGUAUACCUACUCACAGACUGUUUGUUCAUGUACGCCGCCUUGUGGCAAAAGGAUACAAGGUGGGAGUUGUGAAGCAAACUGAAACUGCAGCAUUAAAGGCCAUUGGAGACAAUAAAAGUUCACUGUUUUCUCGGAAAUUAACUGCUCUUUAUACAAAAUCCACACUCAUUGGAGAAGAUGUGAAUCCCCUAAUCAAACUGGAUGAUGCUAUAAAUGUCGAUGAGAUAAUGACUGAUACUUCUGCCAACUAUCUUCUGUGUAUCUGUGAAAAUACAGAAAAUGUUAAGACAAAAAAGGGAAACAUUUUCAUUGGCAUUGUGGGAGUGCAGCCAGCCACAGGUGAGGUUGUGUUUGAUAGUUUCCAGGACUCUGCUUCCCGUUCAGAGCUGGAGACACGGAUAUCAUGUCUGCAGCCUGUUGAGCUGCUGCUUCCAUCAGCCUUGUCGGAGCAAACAGAGAUUCUCAUCCACAGAGCCACAGCUGUUAGUGUACGGGACGACAGAAUUCGAGUAGAAAGGAUGGACAACAUUUAUUUUGAAUACAGUCAUGCUUUCCAGACAGUUAUGGAGUUUUAUGCGAAAGAUAUAGUUGACAUAAAAGGUUCUCAAAGUAUUUGUGGCAUCAUUAACUUGGCAAAGCCUGUGAUUUGCUCUUUGGCAUCCAUAAUAAGAUACCUCAAAGAAUUUAACCUGGAAAAAACACUCUCCAAACCUGAGAAUUUUAAACAGCUAUCAAGUGAAAUGGAGUUUAUGACAAUUAAUGGAACAACAUUAAGGAAUCUGGAAAUCCUACAGAAUCAGACGGAUAUGAAAACCAAAGGAAGCUUGCUUUGGGUUUUAGACCACACUAAAACUGCAUUUGGAAGACGGAAGUUAAAGAAAUGGGUGACCCAGCCACUCCUAAAAUUAAGGGAAAUAAAUGCCCGACUUGAUGCUGUAUCUGAAGUUCUCCAUUCAGAAUCUAGUGUGUUUGGUCAGAUAGAAAACCAUCUACGUAAAUUGCCUGAUAUAGAGAGAGGACUCUGUAGCAUUUAUCACAAAAAAUGUUCUACUCAAGAGUUCUUCUUGAUUGUCAAAACCCUGUAUCAUCUGAAGUCAGAACUUCAAGCAUUAAUACCUGCUGUUAAUUCCCACAUUCAGUCAGACUUGCUCCGGACAGUUAUCUUAGAAAUUCCAGAACUUCUAAGUCCAGUGGAGCAUUACUUUAAAAUACUUAAUGAACAAGCUGCCAAAAUUGGGGAUAAAACUGAACUAUUCAAAGACCUUUCUGACUUCCCUUUAAUAAAAAAGAGGAAGGAUGAAAUUCAAGAAGUUACCGACAAGAUCCGAAUACAUUUGCAAGAAAUACGGAAAAUACUAAAAAAUCCUUCUGCACAAUAUGUGACGGUGUCAGGACAGGAGUUCAUGAUUGAAAUAAAGAACUCUGCUAUAUCUUGCAUACCAACCGAUUGGGUUAAGGUUGGAAGCACAAAAGCUGUGAGCCGCUUUCACUCUCCUUUUAUUGUAGAAAAUUACAGACAUCUGAAUCAGCUCCGCGAGCAGCUAGUCCUUGACUGCAGUGCUGAAUGGCUUGAUUUUAUAGAGAAGUUCAGUGAACAUUAUCACUCAUUAUGUAAAGCAACGCAUCACCUAGCAACUGUUGACUGCAUUUUCUCCCUGGCCAAGGUCGCUAAGCAAGGAGAUUACUGCAGACCAACUGUACAAGAAGAAAAGAAAAUCAUAAUAAAAAAUGGAAGGCACCCUGUGAUUGACAUGUUGCUGGGAGAACAGGAUCAGUAUGUCCCCAAUAGUACAAAUUUAUCAGAGAACUCAGAGAGAGUAAUGAUAAUUACUGGUCCAAACAUGGGUGGAAAGAGCUCCUAUAUAAAACAAGUUGCCUUGAUUACUAUCAUGGCUCAGAUUGGCUCCUACGUUCCUGCAGAGGAAGCAACAAUUGGGAUUGUGGAUGGCAUUUUCACGAGACUACUUUGUUGUUUAGGAGAUUAUCUUUUGUAAUAUACAGAAAUACCAAGAAGCUUAGACAACCAUUCUGGAUAGAAUUCUGCAAACUUUUUAGUAAAGUGAAAUGAAUGGGAACAUCUUCAGUUUCUGAAAGAAGGCAAAAUAAGCUAACAUAAAACCCUCCUAUACAAAGCACUUAAAGGACAAAUGUAUGAUUCCACUUAUCUAAGGUACCUGGAAAUAAGCAAAUACAUAGAUACAAAAUAGAAUAGAGGUUAUUAGGGGCUGUGGAGGGGGAGAGAAUAAAGAGUUAUUUUUAAUGGAUACAGAGUUUCUGUUUGGAAUGAUAAAGUUCUGCAAAUAGAUGGUAGUGAUGGCUGAACAACAUUGUAAAUGUAUUUAAUAACACUGAACUACACAUCUAAGAAAUAUUAAAAUGGUAAAUUUUGUUAUAUGUUACCAUACUUUUUUUAAAAAGGACUGAAUGUUUGUCAAGGAAUAUAAUACAAGUAAUUAUCACCUCUAUUUAACAAUGUUAAUAUUUGAGCUCCAAUUAUUUAUCACUCAAUAUGAAAAAAAAUCUUCUUUUCCUCCAAAUUGCAGUAUUUUUCCCUCAUACUAGCAUUUUCCUUGCAAAAGGCCCAGAGAUAGUGAUUUGAAGGGAAACAGGCCCAUCCCAUUUGCCUAACUGAGAAACAUCUAGAAUAUUAUCUCAAAAUAUCAAGAUUUCAUAAAAGCAAACUUUUUUCCAAUUUUUAUAAUCAUAUAUUUGAUUUUAGAAACUGCCUUAAAAAGUAACAAUUUCUUUUCUCCAUUACUGCUUUAUUAAGCUUUGUUGACCUAUAUAAGGGUUAUAGGAGAGGAGGGGAGUAGAGGGAUUAGAAAGAUUAGUCAGCCGCCACUCCUAAAAAUAUCAGAGUGAUUUUUUUUUCCUUAAUCACAUAACUGUAACCUUCUGUCUCCUCAGGGCAAGCUAACUCUAAGAUGAAAUCUAAAGAAUGUAUUUUUCCAUUUUUUUACUACGUUUAACUAUAAAUAAAGACAGAAUAAUGAUAAUUACAUAUUCUAUAAUUCCUUAAAUCUCUAAUAUAUUUUAACAUUUG